UGAGAGCGUUUCAAUAGUGAAUGUAAGAGUGUUUCAUAGGUAUGUGUGCAUGAAAUUCCAAGGUCAAGGUCGGCAUUUAAACCGGAAGGCGGGAACAAAGAGUGCCGGUUUCUAGUGUGACAUUUCAGCCAAUCAAAGCCAACGGUGAAUAGCGUGACUGAAAUGUCACACUCUUCACCGCUUAGAAACCGGCACUCUUUGUUCCCGCCUUCCGGUUUAAAUGCCGACCUUGACCUUGGAAUUUCAUGCACACAUACCUAUGAAACACUCUUACAUUCACUAUUGAAACGCUCUCACCGUCACUACUGAAAUUACUGGUAUGAAUACUACAUGUGAAACGCUUGCACAUCCUCAUGUAAGAGCAUACAUACAUAUAACUGAAAAACGUAUUCAUACAUUUGAAACAUUUAUACAAAUAUGUGCUUGCAUGAGUGUUUCAGAUAGAUACUGUUACGUUACACAUUUUGAGUUUGUAUUAGGCACUUUAGAGCCCCCUGCAGGCCAUUACUUGUAUUCAGUUCUUUCGUAGAUUCUUAAUAUUGCGUUCAUUCUCAUUGGCUGAUAAGAGUCACGUUGUUAGUCACGUGAUUUCAGACGUGAUCUGUCAUUAUUUCGGCAGCCAUUUUGAUCUGUCAUUUGAGCCAGAGAUCCACACGGUGAAACAUCUUUUUUAUCUCACGUCAUUCAUCCUUGUAAGCCUUGGAGAAGCUUUGUUUUUUCACACUUCUAAACCUGCAACAACUUGUUCAACAACAAUCAAUAAAUGGACAUUCAAGUGGAUGUCGACAACAUCCUCUACGGACUUUCAUCAUUGAUCCUGUAUUCAAGUUUUGUUGGGGAAAAGUGUUUAGCUGUCUGGUGAUGUGUGCAUCGCUACGUGCUCAGGUGCCAGAACAGUGAAAAAACAGCAUCACAGCGGGCUCUAAACAACGGAUACCUACCGCGAUCAAGAGAGAUAUUCUCCAUUAGCCGUUCCAGUGCAUCAGUGUGAUCUCACUGCGUUAAGAUGGAAGAACAAAAAGACACUACGUUAGCAGAUGCUACAAAGUCUGUGUAUGGUGACUCCAGCUCAAGCUCAAGGUCUUCUUCGGCUAGCCUAGCCGCAGCUAAAGCAAGGGCUAAAGUAUUAGCCGCACGUGCCCGUACCACGUUUGUUCAAAAAGAAAAUGAUCUACUAAUAGAAAAAGCUCGUAUGGACGCUACUCUUGCUACCCUAAAGCUAGACAAAGAGAUUGCAUCAGCAGAAGCAGAAGCCGAAGCUCUUGAGUCAACUGCAGCAGAAUUGGAGAGAGGCUCCAGAACUAUAAUUUCUCUUCCAACUCAAUCUCCACGUGAAAGAACGUUUAACUACGUUGAGCGUCAUUCAAAUGCAGCCUCUGAGUCUACACCUACUGACCCAACACGUCAGCCUCAACAACGUAACCCUGCUAACGUUAAUAGCACAAGGCAAUACAAUCAAGACUCCUUCGAUAGAGACCUCAACAGAUCUAGGCAACCUGCCUUAACCAACCAGGCACCAAGCCCUGCUCCUGAUGAAAAACCUCACAUCCCCUACCCAAUGGGGACACAUCAGCCACUCUCGUCCACUCACCCCAGACAGGCUCCUCAUACUCACUAUGGUGACCAUACGGGGUUCGGUGAGGUAGCUCAAUUCCUUGUUCGGCGCGAACUAUUGAGCUCCAGCCUUACCAAAUUCGAUGAUCAACCUGAGAGCUACUGGGCAUGGAGGUCGAGCUUCCUAAACUCCAUUAGAGGAAUUGAUCUCACCUGCAGCGAAGAGCUCGAUCUACUCACUAAAUGGUUAGGCCCGCAGUCUUCAGCGCACAUCAAGAGGAUAAGAGCUGUCCACGUCAACGACUCAACUCAAGGCCUGAAAAUGGCAUGGUCUCGUCUUCAGGAGUGUUACGGCUCACCAGAGAUGAUCGAAAAGGCUCUCUUUGACAGAGUGGAGAAGUUUCCCAAAAUCAACAGCAGGGAUUAUCCUAAACUAAGAGAGAUUGGAGACCUGCUACAGGAGCUAGCAUCGGCUAAGCGCGAGGGCUACUUACCUGGACUUGCUUGCUUGGACACAGCUAGAGGUCUGAACCCCAUAGUGGAAAAAUUACCAUGGAACCUCCAAGAAAAGUGGAUUUCUAAGGGGAGUAACUACAAGUUAGCGCACAACGUGCCCUUCCCACCUUUCACCUACUUUGCUGACUUCGUCUCCAGAGAGGCCCUCAUCCGCAACGACCCAAGCUUCUCUUUUGCCAGUUCAGCUGCUACAACAACUAAGCCAGACGCUGCAGAUAAGAAGACAAGAAACUUCGUAUCCACCCAUAUAACGGAUGUCUCUCCGGUUUCCGACUCCGACACAACAGAGACUUCCAGUGCUAGGCCUGAUGUCAGUAAACAGUGCCCCAUCCACCAAAAGCCUCACCCCCUCAAACAUUGUAGAGGCUUUCGAUCCAAACAUAUCGAAGAACGCAAGGCAUUUCUCAAAGAAGCUGGUAUAUGUUUUCGAUGUUGUUCUUCAAACAAACACGUUGCCAAAGAUUGCAAAACAGAAGUGCACUGUAAGGAGUGCAACAGUGACAGGCAUAUAUCGGCUCUUCACGCUGGGCCAGUUCCUUGGGCUAACCAGUCCCCUCAGGCAGAGAACGGCGGGGAGUCGGAACCUCCUCCUACAGUGAACUCCAUGUGUACCGAGAUCUGUGGAGGAAACAACGGACCUAGCUCCUGCUCUAAAAUUUGCUUCAUCACAGUGCAUCCUAAGGGAGAACCAAACAGGUCAGUGAGACUCUACGCCAUUCUUGAUGACCAGAGCAACCGGUCACUCGCCAGGCCAGAGUUCUUCAACCUCUUUAACCUUGAAAGCUCAGAAGCUCCCUACACAUUACGUACGUGUGCCGGUCUCACUGAAAUGUCAGGUAGGAGAGGCAGAGGCUUUGUCGCACAACCUUUGGAUGGAAAUCUCAGUAUAAAUCUUCCGACACUCAUUGAAUGCAACUACAUUCCUGAAGACAGGUCCGAGAUACCUACUCCAGAAGUAGCAAAAUAUCACACUCACCUCAAUUCCAUUGUUGAACACAUUCCUCCGCUUGACCCAGAGGCUCAGAUCCUUCUUCUCCUUGGGCGUGAUGUCCUACAGGCUCACAAGGUACGAGACCAGCGCAACGGACCUAAUAGCGCACCAUAUGCCCAACGCUUGGAUCUUGGUUGGGUCAUCAUCGGUGAGGUCUGCCUAGGCACAGCUCACAAACCCAAACAUGCAAGUGUGUUCCGCACUCACGUUCUGGAGAACGGCCGCCAUUCACACUUCUCACCCUGUCCGAACCAUCUCACAGUUAAGGAGAAACUCACCGUGAAGACCCAAAGCACCAACAGUCUCUCUGAACUGUCAAGCUCACCACCGACUCGCGAAGCAGAGAGAUGCGGUUACGAUGACUCCUUGGGAAGCAAGAUAUUCCAACGCACCGAAGAUGACAACAAGGUCGCUCCCUCUAUUGAAGACAAGCUGUUCAUCAAGUUAAUGGAUAAAGAGAGCUACAUCGACGACGGCAACAGCUGGGUAGCCCCACUUCCGUUCCGCCCGUCAAGACCACUUCUGCCUAACAAUAGAGAGCAAGCUCUGAAUCGUUUCAACUCUCUUUGUCGUACGCUUGGAAGAAAGCCGGAGAUGAAGGAGCAUUUUGUCACCUUCAUGCAACGUAUCUUCGAUCAAGAUCAUGCAGAGCUCGCUCCUCCGUUGACUAACAGAGAGGAGUGCUGGUACCUCCCCACAUUCGGAGUGUAUCACCCCCACAAACCAGGUCAAAUCAGAGUUGUGUUUGACUCCAGCGCCAAACAUCUUGGAGUGUCUCUGAACGACGUGUUGUUGACCGGACCAGAUCUUAACAACAGUUUGCUGGGAGUUCUGAUGCGUUUUCGAUGUGAACAGGUUGCCUUCACCGCCGACAUCGAACAGAUGUUCCAUAGUUUCAUCGUGAGAGAAGAUCACAGGAACUUUCUUAGGUUCCUAUGGUUCAGGAACAACGACCCUACGGACGUGGUUGUAGAAUACCGGAUGCGGGUCCAUGUGUUUGGCAACAGUCCGUCUCCAGCGGUAGCGACCUACGGCCUCAGACGAGCUGCUCUACACGGAGAAGAGGAGUUUGGUCACGCAGCGAAAGAGUUCGUACAUAGAGAGUUCUAUGUAGACGAUGCCCUCAAAUCUCUGCCCUCUGUGUCUCAAGCGGUCGACCUACUUACAGCAGCACGAGGUAUGCUAGCAAUGUCCAACCUACGUCUCCACAAGAUUGCGUCCAACUGUCCAGCAGUUAUGCAAGUGUUUCCAACCUCUGAGUCCAAGGACUUGAAGGACCUCGACCUGGAAACUGACUCUCCACCGAUGCAGCGCAGCCUAGGAUUGAAUUGGGACCUGAGCAGAGAUACGUUCACUUUUCGGGUCGCCAACACCAAUAGACCCUUCACACGUAGAGGUGUGCUCGCUUGUGUGAACAGUUUGUUCGAUCCACUUGGCCUGGUGGCACCGAUCUCCAUACAAGGAAAGCUCCUUCUGAGAGAACUCACCCACAACACCGUCGAUUGGGACGAGCCGCUCCCUGCUGAAAAGGAAACCGAGUGGAUUGCUUGGAGGGAUUCACUACAAGCCCUUGAAAGCUUUGAGACUCCUCGUUGCUACACAAGCACAUCUGUUUCCAACGCCCAGCGCGUGGAGCUACACAUCUUUUCAGACGCUUCUGUGAAGGCCAUUGCUGCAGUAGCUUACCUCAAGGUGCUAGACAACAGCGGCGAAGUCCAUGUAGGAUUCGUCAUAGGAAAGGCAAAGUUAGCUCCGAUGUCAGUCCAUACAGUCCCGCGGCUUGAACUGGGAGCAGCAGUCCUGGCGGUUGAGAUAGCAGAAUUGGCUUCAAGAGAGUUGGAUCUGAAGUUUGAUGAUGUGCGGUUCUAUACAGACAGCAAGGUUGUGCUUGGGUACAUUUAUAACGCAACCCGCCGGUUCUACGUGUAUGUCAGUAACAGGGUAGAACACAUCAGGAAGUUCUCAAGCCCCAACCAGUGGCACUACGUGCCCACCGGCCAGAACCCAGCAGACGUAGCAACCAGACCAGUACAUGCAGCACUGCUCACCAACACGAGCUGGCUCACCGGGCCUGACUUUCUGCUGCUACCGUCUAAAGAAGACAUCCCACUGGGAACACCUUUCAGCCUUGUGGACCCAGACUCUGACGCAGAAGUGCGAUCUCACCUAACCACAUGCACCAGCCCAAACCUGGGCUCUCAGCGGUUUGAACGGUUUUCAACAUGGCAGUCUCUCAUCAGAGCCAUAGCCACACUCAUCCACAUCACAGACGUCAUCAGAUCCAGCACUACAACUGGAAACAAAGAAUGUAAAGGCUGGCAUCAAUGUUCAAAAGCACACACAUCCGACAAUCUGUUGAAGGUAAAACAGGUCAUCAUUCGAUGUGUUCAAAAAGAAACCUAUCCCACUGAGAUGUCCUGUCUGCAGCAAGGGAUAUGCAUUCCUAACGACAGUUCACUGAGGAAGUUGGAUCCUGUUCUCGAUUGUGACGGACUCUUGAGAAUCGGUGGCCGGCUUCAACGCUCAAGUCUUACCGCGGAGGAGAAACACCCUCUCAUUGUCCCUGGUCGCAGCCACGUCGGCGCUCUACUUACCAGCUACUACCACAGGAGAGUCGAACACCAGGGCCGGAUCUUCACGGAGGGAGCUAUACGUGCAGAUGGCAUUUGGAUGGUCGGAGCCAAGAGGUGCAUCGCAAAGCUUCUACACAAGUGUGUCACGUGUAACAAACUCAGAGGUAAAACAGCAGAGCAAAAGAUGGCCGACCUCCCUCCAGAUCGUCUAAGUACAGAGCCUCCUUUGUGAGUAUGUCUCAACCCUCCAGAGUCGUUCUAAGUGGCAGAAGAGCCAGCCCAACAUCAAGGAGGGAGACCUAGUGCUUCUUCGCGAUACUCAGCUGAAGAGAAACCAGUGGCCCAUGGCAUUGGUGACUAAAACCUUCCCUGGAAGUGACGGAAAGAUCAGGAAGUUGGAGCUCAAAGUAACUAGAGGAGGCACUUCCAAGACCUUCCUUCGCCCUAUCACUGAAGUGGUGGUGCUGAUGACCCCUUAGGAUCAAACAGACUCUCGAUUGACCCCCAGAUGUUUGGUUAUUUAAGGUGUUAUUGUGUUCAAUACCAGGCGGGGAGUGUUACGUUACACAUUUUGAGUUUGUAUUAGGCACUUUAGAGCCCCCUGCAGGCCAUUACUUGUAUUCAGUUCUUUCGUAGAUUCUUAAUAUUGCGUUCAUUCUCAUUGGCUGAUAAGAGUCACGUUGUUAGUCACGUGAUUUCAGACGUGAUCUGUCAUUAUUUCGGCAGCCAUUUUGAUCUGUCAUUUGAGCCAGAGAUCCACACGGUGAAACAUCUUUUUUAUCUCACGUCAUUCAUCCUUGUAAGCCUUGGAGAAGCUUUGUUUGUAAGUAACUUAAUUCAUCUAUGUCUUAUGUAAUUAUUUACGUUUGUAUUUCAUUGUAUUUCACAACUUUAUAACUACGUUUUUAUAACCAAUUUGCAUAUUGGUUCAUUUUCAGUUUCACACUUCUAAACCUGCAACAACUUGUUCAACAACAAUCAAUAAAUGGACAUUCAAGUGGAUGUCGACAACAUC